GUGGUCAAGGCGCGCGCGGCUCUUCCGGAAAGGACAGGACCUCGCUGUCCCCUUGCUGUCCCCUCGCUGUCACCGUCACCAACAGCCCCUGCCAUGGAUUUGGUGGCCGGGCUGGGCUGUGCCUGUGCCGGGCUGGUGGCCCUGGCACUGCUGGUGGUGGCCCAGCGCCUCGGGCUCCUCUAUCGCCUGUUCCACAAGGUGGACGCGGCGAGUCCCCGGCACGGCGGCGAGCUGGUGGCCGAGGUGCUGCGCGCCCACGGCGUGCGCUUCCUGUUCACGCUGCCCGGCGGCCACAUCUCGCCCGUGCUGGUGGCCUGCGAGAAGAUCGGCAUCCGCGUGGUGGACACGCGCCACGAGGCCACCGCCGUCUUCGCCGCCGACGCCGUGUCGCGGCUCUCGGGCCGCAUCGGCGUCGCCGCCGUCACCGCGGGCCCUGGUGUCACCAACGCGGUGACGGCCGUCAAGAACGCCCAGAUGGCCGAGUCCCCCCUGCUGCUCCUGGGCGGCGCCGCCGCCACCCUGCAAAAGGGCCGGGGCGCGCUCCAGGACAUCCCGCAGGUUCCUCUUUUCCGGACUCUCUGUAAAUCCGCGCUCUCCGUCCGCGCCGUGCGCGACAUCGUCCCCACCCUGCGCCGCGCCAUCGCCACCGCCAUGGAGGGGACACCGGGCCCCGUUUUCGUGGAGCUGCCCAUUGAUGUCCUCUACCCUUUCCACGUGGUCCAGAAGGAGCUCGGGGGCUCCAAAACCCCGAGGGGGCUGCGGGGGAAACUCAUCCAGUGGUACCUGCACAGUUACCUGUGGGAUCUCUUCGCUGGUGCCUGGGAGCUGCGGGACCCGACCCCGCUGCCCCUGCGCAUCCCAAAAGCUGCCCCGGAGCAGGUCCAGCGCUGCUCGGAGCUGCUGAGCCGGGCCCGGCGCCCGCUGGUGCUCGUGGGCAGCCAGGCCCUGCUGCCCCCAACGCCGGCCGAGGAGCUGCGCUCUGCCCUGGAGUCCCUGGGGGUCCCGUGCUACCUCGGAGGAGCCGCUCGGGGUCUGCUGCCCCCGGAGUGUCCCCUGCUGCUGCGGCAGAACCGCCGGGACGCGCUGCCCCGCGCCGACCUCGUGCUGCUGGCAGGCACCGUCUGUGAUUUCCGUCUCUCCUACGGGCGCCUCUUUGGCCGCGGCAGCGCCGUGGUGGCCGUCAACCGCGACCGGGGGCAGCUGCUGCGCAAUUCCGGAGUCUUCUGGAAACCCACGCUGGCCGUGCAGGGUGACCCCGCGUCCUUCUUGGUGGCCCUGGCCCGGAGCCUGCAGGGAUUCUCCGGGCCCCGGGAGUGGCUGGAGCAGCUCCGGGAGGCGGAGAGGGAGAAGGAGCAGAGGAACCGGGACAAGGCCGCGGUGCCCCCCCCGUGUCACCUGAACCCGCUGGCGCUGCUGCAGGCCCUGGACCAGGUGUUGUCACCCCAGAGCCUCUUGGUGGCCGACGGAGGCGACUUCGUGGCCACGGCCGCCUACAUUGUCCGGCCACGCCGGCCACUGGCCUGGCUGGACCCCGGUCCCUUUGGCACCCUGGGCGUGGGCGGAGGAUUCGCGCUUGGAGCCAAACUCUGCCGGCCUGAGGCUGAGGUGUGGAUCCUGUACGGGGACGGCUCUCUGGGCUUCAGCCUGAUGGAGUUCGACACCUUCGUGCGCCACAAGGUCCCGGUGAUCGCUCUGGUUGGGAACGACGCUGGUUGGACACAGAUCAGCCGGGAACAGCUCCCCCUGCUGGGCAGCGCCGUGGGCUGCGGGCUGGACUACAGCGAUUACCACGCGGUGGCGGCGGCGCUGGGAGGCCGAGGCUUCGUCCUGGACAGCGCCGGGGACACCGGAGGGGACACUGGGGACAUCGAGGACAGGGUGGUGGCCGUGCUGAGGGCGGCGCAGGCCGAGUGUCACCGAGGCCACCCCGUCCUCGUCAACGCCCUCCUGGGACGGAGCGACUUCCGGGAGGGCUCCGUGUCCGUCUGAGUGUCACCGAGUGUCACCAAGGGUCACCGGGUGUCACCAAGGGUCACCGAGUAUCACUGGGUGUCACCAAAUGUGACCGAGUGCCACCAAGGGUCACCGGGUGUCACCAAGGGUCACCGGGUGUCACCGGGUGUCACCAAAUGUGACCAAGUGCCACCAAGGGUCACUGAGUGUCACCAGGUGUCACCAAAUGUCACCGGGUGUCACCAAGGGUCACCGAGUGUCACCGGGUGUCACCAAAUGUCACCGAGUGUCACCAGGUGUUACCGAGUGUCACCGGGUGUCACUGGGUGUCACCAGAGUGUCACUGAGUGUCAAGAUGUGCCACCAAGGGUCACUGAGUGUCCCCAGAUGUCCCCAGAUGUCCCCAGGGGUCCCCAAGCAUCACCAGAGUGACCCUGGACUGGCCCCAGGGGGUGGCAGGGGACACUUUGGGUGCUGUCCCCUCCCUUGGGGACACUUUGGGCACUGCCACCUCCCUUGGGGACAGGGGGUGCCACCUCCCUUUGGGGACACUUUGGGGACACUCUGGGGACACUUUGGGGACACUUUGGGCACUGCCACCUCCCUUGGGGACAGUUUGGGGACACUUUGGGCAGUGUCCCCUCCUUUGGGGACACUUAGGGGGUGCCACCUCCUUUUGGGGACACUCUGGGGACACUUUGGGCACUGCCACCUCCCUUUGGGGACACUUAGGGGGUGCCACCUCCCUUUGGGGACACUCUGGGGACACUUUGGGGACACUUUGGGCACUGCCACCUCCCUUUGGGGACACUUUGGGCACUGCCACCCCCGU